AUGAAGUCGCUGACAAUCUCUGUGAAAUCAGAGGCUGUUGUUCGAGGACUACCGUCAUAUGCUUCAUGGAUGGAUCUCACGGAACUGCAGGGUCAACUGCCCCUUCACUUGACCAAUAUGAAGCCCUUUGAUCAACCCUAUCACCUGGUUCUAAUGCGUGAUGGAUGCUUUCUUGAGGAUAGUUAUCAGAAACAUUCUUAUACAAAGCUGCUUAGCAAGGCCAUUCAUGAAAACUGCAUCACAAAGAUUAGCAUAAGCAGUAGUGUAAACAACAAACGAAUAUGGAAGUAA